AUGGCCGAAGUGUCACGGGUCCACAUGCAGAAUGAACUUGCUAUGUUCUCCGGUGGCGAUUGUGCUCCAUAUUCGGAUCUGAGUAUAGCUGUGGGACCCGAAGAGGAUCGGGUCGUGUUUGCGGUGCACAAAUACAAGCUUAUAACACAUUCGGAUGUCUUUCGUGCUAUGCUAGAACACAAUAUGGAGGAAAGCAAGACGAAUAUGAUUAUAAUAGAGGAAUUCUCGCCGACAGCCGUGAAGAUAAUGUUGAUUUUCUUGUAUACCGGUUCAGUAUGUCCUCAGGAGUUGGAAUUAGAAGAUGCGUUCGACGUGAUGCAAUUAGCAGAGAAAUACAAUAUUCCCGCCCUCAAAACCAUGUGUGAGCAGGAUCUCAUUUCGAGGGUCUGCGCUGCAAACGUCAUUGAUUGUAUGGUGUUGGCAGACUUUCACCAGGCUAGUCAUCUGUAUGAGCACUGCAUCGAUUUUAUGAAUGCGAAUAGAUGCGAUACGCUAAACACGGAAUCGUGGUCAGCGUUGAAGGAUCGAAAUCCGAGACUCAGCAGCUCAAUAAUGGAGCGCAUGAUCCGUUCAGAUCACACAACGAUGGGGCGCAUGGACGUGGAGAAACUGCGGUAUCUCGAGAGAGAAGACUUUCGAGUGCUGAUCGCUGUCGAGAUGGGAAUGAAGAAUCACGAAGUUGUUCCUUUACCGCUGAUUUCGGCGAUAGCAGGGAUACAUCGAGGAGCUGUUGCGCGGAUUCUCUCUACUCUUUGUAAACAUUCUCUGGUUGCGUUUGAGAGGAGCAAAAAGUUUGAUGGAUACCGUCUUACCGUACUCGGUUACGAUUUUCUUGCUCUAAAAGCAUUGUGCACUCGCGGCGUUGUGGGCAGUAUUGGAGUCGGAAAGGAAUCGGACGUUUAUGUUGGUGGUGACCCCGAGAGAAAUGAGUAUGCGUUCUUGAAAGCCCUCGCAGACCGUGGAUUUCCUGUUCCGCGACCAGUGGACGUUUGUCGCCAUCUGGUAGUUAUGGGUCUCAUUGAAGGACGUACUCUUUGCCAUGUCGAUCACGUAGAGGAUGUUGGCACAUUGUAUGAC